AUAACCUACAAAAGUUGACGUUUAUAAUUUGUAAUUAGUACGUUAAAAAGUUGUCUGAAUAUAACGCAAAAUUGUUCUGUAAUUCUGCACUCUAUCUGGUAAAUCGAAUAGAAAGUAAUUUUUGUGAAAAAUGGAAAAAUCAGAUCCCUCAAACGAUGUUGAAUCACUUGCUGAUAUGUUCAAGGAAGGGUUAGACUUGUACACUGAACUUAACAAAACCAACGAACCCUCCAACAGUCCACAGUUUCAGGCAAAUCUAAGGAAAGCCAUAAGUAUUUUAGAAAAUGCCACGCGCUUGGUAUCAUUGAGUGGGAUAUUCAGUAGAAAUGAAGAAGUAGAGGAAGUUGCAACAACUGAUUUGCAAUAUUUUCUUUUACCAGCCCUAUUGGGGAGUUUAAACUUGAAAUUGACAACAAGAGAUCGCAAAGAAGUAGUAGAUGUGGCAGAAGUUUAUUUCAAUGAUUUCUUACAAAGAUGCACAGAUUAUGGAUUAACCAAUUACAAAAAAUCUACAGAAAACAGGUCAGCUGACAGUGAGCAAGAUAACAGAACUGAAUUGGAGAAAUUAGCAGAAAUGGCAAACACCCGUGCUAAUAAAAUUCAAAGAUUUAAUGAGAAAAAAGAACUGCAGUCAAAAUUGGAAACACUGAAAGAAAACAUGUCCAAUGAGAAUGUAGAUGAAGAAACAAAGAGAAACUAUUUUCUGACAAUGCUUAAAUUAUAUAUUCAUGAAGCCAUAGAUGAACUGCAGAGCAUUGACAUUGAAAAACCAAUUUUAGAACAUAUGGCCAGUAUAAAGAAUGAUGAAAGGUCUAAACCCAAAAGAAUGCCUGUGCAACCUCUUAGACCAGUAAUUAUUACAAAAGAUGAAGUUCAGAAAGCUGUUUUUGGAGCUGGGUACCCUUCUCUACCAACUAUGACCGUACAAGAAUUUUAUGACAAAAGAGUUAGGGAGGGAAUUUUUCCAGAUCCUAGCAAACAACCAGCAGGUCCUACCUCUUUGCAAGAAGCAAGUCUCGCUGGUAUGUCACUUAAUGACGAGGGCGAUGAAAUUGAAAAAGAAAAUAAAAUUGAAAAUGAUGAUGAAGAAACAUUAGCAAGGGCAAGGGCCAUGGACGAAUUUAAAGACGACCAUCGUAGGGGAUGGGGUAAUCGUAUGAAUAGGAGUUAAACUGAUGAUUUUUGUUGUAAUAACGCGCAAAAAAUGACUAAAUAUCUAAUCGUAUUUGUUAUUUCUUUAUGUUCAUAAUUCAUUUCAAUUUUUACAUGAACCAGAUAUAAGAUAAAUGAACUUUUUUGUCUGUGAAAUGUAUGUACCAUCACAAUUUGAAACUACACUUUUUUUUAAUUUUCUAAUACCUUUUCGAUUGCAAUGUACUAUAAAUAUUUAAAUAUGAGUAAGAAUGUGUAACAACAAAAUUAGUUGUAAUUUAACAUGUCUCUAUGUAUUGAUAAUUAAUUGGAAAUUGAAUAAAAUUGUUUAGAAUAA